CACCACAUACACACACAAAACUUACAGAAACAAAGUCCAACCUUUACCGGCUCUGCCCUACAAAUAAUUGCAAACAAGCUCUCCUCGAUAUUUAGGAAAUCAUACAGCAUGUAAGAUGAUUGUAUGUAGGCACAGAUGUGCACACAUCUCCCCUCCCUCCUCUAUUUUCUCACAUUCCAUCUUUCAUCUGUUAUCUUUCUUCCCCAUUCUUCACACCCUUCAAUUGUAAAUAUAAUUGCUUUACUUCACUUGGUCUCACUUCCAUUUUUGUCUCAGUAACCUUUUUUUUUUAGUCUCCAGACUCCUUUUUCUAUAGUCAUCCCACACCUUCAUUAAGCUAUUUGCUUCAUGCUUCUAGAGGUACCACCUUGUAGGGUGUGUCUACAAUGCAACUCAGGUUACACAUUGCUCCUGUCAUCAAACUUCUGGAGUCUGUGACUGUGACAGGCAGCAACUGCUCUACGCGGGAGCAAUAUACCUGAAAGAAGACAAUGUAAAAGACAGCUGUAACAACACUUCUAUGUAUUAAAGAGGUAUUAAGACAAAAUACAUCUGAAUUUCACAGAAGGAUUUGCAUCAAAAACAGGAAUCAUUCAGAGUGGGACUUUAUUCAAACAGACAUCAGUGAUAAACUGUUGUAGGAAAGAGAUCUAUUGAAUUCUUUGUUAUAUUGGUUUAUCCGUUUAAGAACAAAAGCUUACUCUGAAUUUACUCACCUUAUUCUAUUGGUGAUGGGUACAUUUAUUGGUCACAUCUCUCCUGGUCUGGCAUUCCUGUCUUUUGGACUACUGUAUGCUGCACGGUACUCCUGGAUGGUACUGAAUGGAUGCCGAGAACAGUAUCCACCUCGUACAAAGAGGACUGGUGGCCUCUGGAGGACAUUGCCUGUGGAAGGGGUGAUGAAGUUGAUUUAUGGAACACUAGCUGUUUUAGCUGAAUUCUUCUUUCCACCUGGAGUCCAGAAACUUCGUUUUUUCAGAUCGGAUGACCCUGAUUUUCACUUCCAGAAUCCAAGUGAAUGGCAGCAUGCAACCAUGUAUGGUUACUUCUGUAUGAGUGGAGUGCUGGAUAUCAUAAGUCAGUCUUGCCUGCACCAACGCUGGCCACUACUUGAACAUUUGGGAGUAACUGCAGCUUUUUUCAUUACAACUCUCUUACUCAAGUUCCAUAGUCAUGGGAAAGACAUGAUUGAAAUGCAAGUUCACUACUUGCUGCUUCUCACUUGUUCACUGACCUGUAUUAUUUUCAUAAUUGAAAUCUGGCUGCCAAACCAACCAAAACUGUGGUUUACCAAAGCAUGGUUGGUGCUUGUGCAGGGGACAUGGCUUUUGCAUGCUGCCUUCAUCUUGUACAAGCCACCAACUGGCCACAACUGGAAUUCAGAAGACCAUGCUGAUGUUUUGUUCCUUACCACCUUCUACUGCUGGCAUCUAUCAUUUAAUAUUGGGUUACUUUGUGCAAUAUUUUGGGUCACUUCCCUUCUACACCGUCGCUGGGGUGGAAGGAUAGAGCGAGACGGUUACCAUCUGGCUGGAGAAAUGGAGAAACUCACUGGAGUAGAAGAUGAAGAGCUAUAAAUUUAUUUGGAUGGCUUUAUUUUGAUAUUAUUAUAAAUAUUAUUUUUGGCCGGUUGAUUGUAGAAAUUAGUUACCUAAUGCAGAUUUUCAAAUGAAACUGUGUGGCAAAUCCCUAGUAAAUCAGAUGAGAACUUUUUCUACACCUCCUUUUCUAUUUAACGGACAAAUAAUAAAUUCUCAUGAAGAAAUGCUGUUGUCAAACAUAUCUCAGGGAUCUCAAGACUGUACAUUUUUUUUUGAAAAUAUAUCAUACGCAGUAGCAUCAUCUCUUACUAUAUGUAUAGGCACUUAAUGUUAUUGUCAUGGGAGGAGAUUAGACAUAGAUUAUUUUACGAAGUGCCAGUGUACCUGUAUUCAAACAGAUAUGUAUAGCCUAUCAAUAAAUAAUACUGAAUGAAAAGCACAACCAUAAAAAUGAAAAAUCACUUUAUGAAUUGGGUCCAAUAUGCCAGGUAUCUCAAAGAUCAUUCCAAAAACAUUAGCAAUAAUAUCAAAACAGUACUCAAUACAAAAAAAUACAAUGCUCUUCAUGGU